AUGCAUCCAUUGAUAUUACCUGACACUAUUCAGACGGAAACUUCAGUACUUCAGGAUCAAACUGAACAAAUAUGUUUACCUUACUUAACGGACAAAGUUAAUUCCCAACUUAAUCAAAAAACUCAUAUUGAAUAUCUUUUAAAUAUUUUAACUAAGCCCCUUCCAAAGUCAUAUUUAGCUUUAGAUGCAUCUCGUCCUUGGAUUAUUUAUUGGACACUUUGCGCGUAUGCGUUAUUGGGGCAAUCAGUUGAGGAAUAUAGAGAAAGAACUAUACAGUCAAUUUCAGUACUUCAACUUGAAUCAGGGGGGUUUAGUGGUGGUCAUGGUCAAAUUGCUCAUUUAGCGCCUACCUAUGCAGCUGUUAUGGCUCUCUGUAUUGUUGGGAGUGAAGCAGCAUAUAAUAUAAUUAACCGUUCUAGUCUUUAUUGCUGGAUAAUGCGAUUGAAACAGUCAGAUGGGAGUUUUUUGAUACACGAAGGUGGCGAAAAAGAUGCACGCGCAGUAUAUUGUGCGUUAUCAGUAGCGUCUUUAUUGAAUCUUAUGACGCCCGAAUUAAUUGAAGGAACAGCAGUAUGGCUUUCUAGAUGUCAAACAUAUGAAGGGGGAUUAUCAGGAUUCCCAGGGGCAGAAGCACAUGGUGGUUAUGCAUUUUGUGUAUUAGCGUCGUUAACUAUGAUUGGAAAACCAAGUAUGAUAUUUGAUCAAUAUCUUAAUAUAUCAAAAUUAAUGAGAUGGUUAGCGUUGCGUCAAUCAUCAGUAGAAGGAGGAUUUUCUGGACGAACGAAUAAAUUAGUAGAUGGUUGUUAUUCGUGGUGGAUUGGAGGAUGUUGGGCAAUUCUCUCUAGCGUAAUAGAAGAUGUUAGAACUCCGUUAGUCGAUAAGAAUGCUUUACGAAGGUUUAUUCUUACAUGUUGUCAAUAUAAAACUGGUGGACUUAGAGAUAAGCCGGAAAAAUACCCUGAUCAAUAUCAUACAUGUUAUUGUAUUUCAGGUCUUUCUGUUAUUCAAAACGUUUAUUUUUAUUCAGAAAAUGAUAAAAAAGAUACCGCAUUAGGAGAAUCUGUAUUUAACUGGUACCAUGAUCAUCUCAUAGAACAAUCAGUUUUUGCUACUGAUCAAAUUAAGGCUGUACACCCUAUCUUAGCUAUUCCUAUGGAUAAGCUUUGCGAUAUUUGGCUUUGGCGUAUAAAAAAAGAUUCUAUAUAAAUAUUCC